AUGCCCGAGACACCUCAGCUGAGCCCUCUCGAUGUGGAGGAGCAGUGGCUCUACACUGAGCUCCUCCCAAGUGAUCAAGGUCAACAGCCGCCCAUCUUCACUGUAAACAGUGUUGGUAGGGUACUGCUUCCCCCUCCUGAGGCACCAGACAGUUUGCCAGAAUCUCUUCGAGGACUGAUAGUCCUUCUCCAUGGCCUCACUGAACUCCUCCCAGGCCCGAGUUUUUGCCUCCACAACCACCCGGGCUGCAGUCCGCUUGGCCUAUCGGUUCCCGUCAGCUGCUUUGGGAGUCCCUCAAGCCAACCAGGCCCGAUAGGAUUCCUUCUUCAGCUUGAGGGCAUCCUUUACUUCCGGUGUCCACCACUGGGUUCGGGUAUUGCCGCCUCGACAGGCACCGGAGACCUCACAGCCACAGCUCCGAGCAGCCGCUUCGACAAUAGAGGUGGAGAACAUGGUCCGCUCGGACUCAAUAUCUCUAGCCUCCCUCGGGAUCCGGGCGAGGCUCCGCCGGAGGUGGGAGUUGAAGAUCUCUCUGACAAGAGACUCUGCCAAAUGUUCGCAGCAGACCCUUACAGUAUGUCUGGGUCUGCCGAGUCUGUCCAGCUUCCUCUCCCGCCAUCGGAUCCAACUCACCACCAGGUGGUGAUCAGUUGACAGCUCCGCCCCUCUCUCUACCUGAGUGUCCAAGACAUACAGCCGCAGGUCAGAUGAAAUGACCCCAAAGUCAAUCAUCGACCUGCGGCCUAGGGCGUCCUGGUGCCACGUGCACUGAUGAACACCCUUAUGCUUGAACAUGGUGUUCGUUAUGUAUAUAUAAUAUUAAUAGGAUAAUAUAUUUUUCAAUAUUUAAUAAGCAUUAAAAGCUAUCUCUGUGUUUCCUUGUUUUAGGAUAUAGGAUAUAUAAUCCUCACAAAUAUAGGAUUAUGCACUCUUUCAGUAGAAAAAAUACAUACAUAUUUACAAUAUAAGCCUUGCCAGUGACGUAUGAGAAGAAAAAUAAUAAUAAUCGUUGAAUAAUCGUAAUCGAGGUAACUUGUUAACUUGUAACUCCAGCCCUAAAGUCGCCCUGCAGAACGACAGAGUCCCCACUCUGGGCGCUUUCCAAUGCAUAACUUUUAAAAGUAACUUUACCCAACGCUGUGCGUGAUAAAUGUUUAUGUAGGUAUGUUAUCACAAAAGUGUUGCCACAUUUUCUAUUUUUUUAUCUUUUUAUAUACUUUUACUUUUAUAUAACUUCAUUAAAUGAGUCAUACCAUCCUUCAAAAGACAAAAUCCAGAAAUCCGUGUCAUGGUGUUUUCUCUUUCUCUGUAUUUUACUCUCAAGAGUCCCAGAAAAUCAAGGUUCAGUCUAAAAUCCUAAACAGGAUCUCAAAUGAUUUUUUGAUCUCAAUGUGUGUUUAAAAAAAUACAAAGGCUCAGGUGUAACAGUCUGAAUUUAAUAAACAAGAUAGAGAUACAAAGUGUUCUUGACAUUGAUAUUUUCUUAAUUCACCUAUCAGUCAUGUCUGUGCAUAUUAAACAAAAUCAUUAUAUGGAACCACAAUGCAAGACAAAGGAAAACGUGAAUUAUUUUAGAACAUAUGUAACAAUGUCUUACAUAAUACAUGUUAACAGUUAAUUAAUAACGAUUACAGUGUUCCAUGCGGAAAAAA